AUGAAGAUCCUAUGCGUGGCAGAAAAACCAUCAAUUGCGAAAGAAGUGGCCAACAUUUUGGGUGGAGGACGAGUACUGGUUCGAAACUCAAAGAACAAAUACAUCAAAAACUACGACUUUAAAUUUGCAUUCCCAGACCGUGGUCUUUGCGACGUGACAAUGACUUCCGUUGUUGGCCAUAUAACCAAUCUCGAUUUCCCACCUCAGUAUCAAUGGGGUAAAUGUGCUGCCGAGAGACUUUUCACUGCCGAGAUCAUUACGAAAGUAACAAAACAAGACGUGUUUGAUAAUAUCGCAACGGAAGCUAGGACUUCAGACAAGUUGAUGAUAUGGACAGAUUGUGAUCGCGAAGGGGAAUUCAUCGGUCAAGAGAUCUUUGAUGCUGCAAGGAAGGGAAAUAAUCGGAUUCUUCUUAGUGAUGUUUGGAGGAGCAAGUUUUCUCAUCUUGAACGAAAUCACAUUCUUCGUGCAGCCAAAUCCCCCAUUGCAUUAGACACAAGAGCAGCAUCGGCAGUUGCUUGCCGCAUGGAACUUGAUUUCAGAGUUGGCACAAGCUUCACGCGGCUCUUGACGGAUAGUUUAAAAUCUAGCAGCAUCAUUGAUAAAAAGGAGAUUGCUUCUUAUGGUACAUGCCAAUUCCCUACCCUUGGUUUUGUGGUGGAUAGAUACAAGAGAGUUAAAAGUUUCAAGCUGGAACCAUUCUGGUACAUUGAGCCGGUACUACGAAAGGAAAAUAAGAGAACGGUAUUCAAUUGGGUGAAAGGGCGCCUAUUUGAUAGACUCUACGUUCUACUAAUGUAUGAACGAUGUCUCAAACAUGAACACGGUGAAGUCACUGACUUGAAAACAAACCCCACUACCAACUAUCGUCCGUUGCCCCUAACAACUGUCGAACUACAAAAGGAUUGCGCAAGAUUCUUCAAAAUGUCAGCAAAAGCAACUCUUGAGGCGGCUGAGAAAUUGUAUAAUCGAGGGUUCGUAUCAUAUCCAAGGACGGAGACUGACAAGUACCCCCCUACAAUGGAUUUCAAAGGUUUAUUUGAAAAACAAAAACAAGAUCCUCGUUGGGGGACGUAUAGUGAAACCUUAUUAAAGAAUGGCCACGAACAACCAAGGAACGGAUCGCAUGAUGAUCACGCGCAUCCAGCAAUCCACCCCGUCAAUUACGUAUCGAUUGAUUCGUUGGCACUGGCCAACGAAAAGAAGGUUUAUGAGUACGUGGUGCGGCGAUUUUUGGCAUGUUGUUCAAAAGAUGCCAAAGGUAUGUUGACACUGGCAACGUUGAAAUGUGGUGAAGAGUUUUUCACCGCUAGUGGACUCAUGGUUACCGAGAGAAACUAUCUAGACAUAUACACUUAUAAAAAAUGGGAGAGUUCGAAACUGUUGCCAAAUUUCCAAAUGGGUGAAAAAGUGAAGGUAUCCAGUGGGUUGAUGCAGGAAGGCAAAACUAGUCCACCGCAGUUGAUGACUGAGCCGGAAUUGAUUGCUUUGAUGGAUGCAAAUGGUAUCGGAACGGAUGCAACUAUUGCAGAGCACAUUGACAAGAUCUUGUCGCGAAAGUACGUUACCAAGGUGAAAAAGGGUAAAGUUGAUUAUAUCGAGCCCUCGCCAUUAGGCAUUGGCCUUAUUGAGGGCUUUGAAAAGAUGGAAUUUAAUGGGAUUUCGCUCUCAAAACCAUUCUUAAGAAAAGCCUUGGAAAAUUUGUUACAGGAUAUUUGCAAUGGAUCUAAGACGAAGCCUCAAGUGGUUGAAGAGAUGAAAAAAGUGUAUCAUGAUGCAUAUGGUGUAUGCUCUCAAAAGGUUUCCCUUUUGAUCAGUGAAUGUAGAGCAGCCACUCGAUCAAAUACAAUGUGA